ACAUCAAUUAACGGGCAACUACAAUGACGAGCUACUUCACUGCUCCUGACAUCUCUGGAGAAGCAUCAAAUGCGAUAUCACCUCCCGGCGGCGCAAAUGUCGCUCCACGCUCAACUGCGCUUUCGAAUAGAUUGGCAAGUGUACUUUCCGCUUCGUACGCCGACUCGGAUAUUCGAGAUGCAUUGGAAACGCUCGACAAGAGGGGGGUAAAGAAUACGGCGGAGAAAAGACGGCAACUCAGGUUGGAUAUUCAAAAGGAGGUUUUGGAUUGUAAUGGAGAGAUUGUGGCGGAUUUUGGGAAGGUGGCAGAGCAAUUAAAUCGGAUUGGCACGGUAAUUUCAAAUCUUCAGCAGACUUGUGCGGAAAUGCGCAAACACAUUACACUAGCGAAACAAGAAACAGCCCCCGUACUAGACGAAGCGUCGUCUUUGCUAGACCAGAAAGAAGAUGCCGAGACAAAACAACACCUGCUCGAUGCGUUCACGACUCAUUUCAUCGUACCAGAAGAAGACAUUAACGCGCUUACAUUAUCCGAAGCACCAGUCAACGACAACUUCUUCGCUGUCUUGUCCCGAGUUAAACGUAUACAUAACGACUGUCAGGUAUUGCUCGGUGGGGAGAAUCAGAGACUCGGCCUGGAAAUCAUGGAACAAAGCUCGAAGCAAUUAAACGCGGCGUAUCAGAAACUAUACAAAUGGAUUCAAAACGAGUUCAGAUCACUGGAUCUGGAAGAUCCACGGAUCAGCGGCUCGAUCAGGCAGGCGCUGAGAGUGCUUGCAGAGCGGCCUAGUUUGUUUCAUAGUUGUCUGGAUUUCUUCGCCGAAGCGAGAGAAUAUAUCCUAUCUGAUGCGUUUCAUUAUGCAUUAACUGAUGCGGCUUCUGGGGGAGCAGUUGGGGAACGGAACGUCAAACCGAUUGAAUUUUCGGCGCAUGAUCCUUUACGGUAUGUUGGGGAUAUGUUGGCGUGGGUGCAUUCGGCUGCUGUUUCGGAGAAAGAAGCCCUUGAAGCGUUGUUUGUUUAUGAAGGAGAGGAACUUGCACGAGGAUUUCAGGCUGGUAUUAGUAGUGAGCCUUGGUCUCGUGUCGAUGAAGGAGAAGUGGCCGUAUUUGAUGGACAGAAAGCUCUUAAUGAUUUGGUUAAUCGUGAUCUGAACGGCGUAUCACGAUCGUUGCGGCAGAGAGUCGAGCUAGUCAUUCAAGGUCAUGAUGAUGCGGUAACGACCUAUAGAGUUGUCAAUUUGCUGUCUUUCUACAGACUCACAUUUUCUAAGCUGGUCGGCGCAGAAUCACAUCUCGUGGAAGUAAUUGCCGGCCUUGUCGAGUUCACAUUCAAGCACUUCGAGGGAUUGAUGAGAGAUCAACUACACAUGCACUCCGCAGAUUCGCACUCGUCGUCACCACCGGAUGACUUUUCGGCUCCUCAAUUCCUUACUGAUCAAUUAGAGGUAUUGACGUCGUUGAUGAAAGAAUACAACUCCUCAGUCGGUGCAGCAAGCGAUAUUGAAGAUUCAGAAGAAAACGGAUUCACACCUGUUCUUCGAGUUGCACUUGACCCGUUCUUGGACAUUGCAAAAACAUCCGCGCAAGAAGUCGACGAUCACAAAACGUCGACAAUCUACAAGACCAAUAUCCUUCUAGCUGUACGGGGAACCAUAUCACCUUACAAAUUCGCAGCCGCGACACAUCUAGCCCCAAUCUCUACGGCUUUAUCCCACCUCCGAAUCGAAUUGUUGGAUAUACAACGACGAUACCUCCUCGAAACAUCCGGUCUCCAACAACUCCUAACCGCACUCGAAUCAUCCUCCCCAUCAACCUCAUCACACAAAGAAGCCGAGUCUUCCACAACACAACUCAAUCAAAACCGCAACCUAGCCGAAAUCGCCGGCCUGCCCGCCUUCCAACCGGCAACUCUAUCAGCGAUCAGCCAACAACUCGACGACUUUCUCCCCUCAGCGCUAAUGGACGCUACGGACAAUCUAAAACUAAUCCGCAGCUCCACACUGGUGAAGAGCGUAACUGAAGAAGCCGUCGAAGAAUUCUGUCGCGAUUUCGAGUUUGUAGAAGGCAUGAUUAUCGGUGCCGAUGAGGCUCGAGGCACGAAAUGGGAUAUGUCGAGGAUUGUUGGGGAGGGGGAGAGUGAUAUUGUUUCCGUUUCUGUGCGGAAUCAGCCGAUGCGAGAUGAAACAGAAGGGGAAGAGAAGUAUAGUCUCAGGGCGUUGUUUCCGAGGACAGUGGGUGAGAUUCGUGUUCUUUUGAGUUAG